UACGCACGUCGCACGCUGCCAUAUAUCGCUGUUGAUCCAAUUUGUCGGCGUUUCUCGCGACGAUUGCGUACGUUUCGCACGCACGGGUAACGAUUCAGCAUGGGUAACUGUUGCGGAUUGUGUUACAAGAGAUCGUCGUCAUACGAAGAUAUCACUCCUGAUCUGGAAACUAUACGUAGAAAACAGGCAGAAGCUGCUGAGAAGAGGAUAGCCGAGCUACAGCAACGGGGUAUAAAAGAUAUAGAGGUUGUCAAGAGACAGCAGCGACGGGCAAUGGAACUUGAGAAGCGAGAACAGGAGGCUGCUGCUAGUGGCACACAGCCUGCACUACGAUGGCAGGUAAACUGAAAGGGGAAAAAAAAUGUUGCUAUUCAACAAGAAGCUGUACAUUUUCUUAUUCGAAAGGUAUUAUAAGUAUUCUACGUAACACUGGGCUGACCAAAAUGAGGCAAACCUAACAUCACCAACGAUAAUGUUAUAGUCACACAAGUGCAAUCUUAUUUUGU